UUUAUUUGUAUGAAUGGUAAGUUUCUCCAUUUUAAUGUUGGUUUAAGUGAUGUGUUUUGUACACCUAUAUAAGGGUGAACUUCCAUAAGAAGUUUGUAUCACCAAUAUUUAUACUUUCAUUUGUUUAUUCACAAUUUUGUAUCACUUCAAUUAGAAGUUGAUUUUUCCUUCUAUUGAAUUCUUCUCUCUCACAUUUCAUAUUUCCUCAUUGUUCAUCAAACAUUGAGAUUUUUACUAUUGCUUCUGCAUUACUUUUAUCACUUUCAUUUUCUCAACAAACUUGUCUUUGCUAGAAAAAGUAACACCCUUAAUCAUAAGCCAACAUCACCAAGAGGAAUGGUAUAAUUAUUUUUUUUUUAACAAGAUACGAAUGUUUCAUUAAAGUAAUCUAAAGGAACAAUAAUGUUCAAAGAUACGAACUCUCGAAAGAGUAAAAAGAAAAACAGAAAAAGAAAGAUAAAGAAAUUAACAAGAAGCGAUGAAGGCUCCCCAAUUAGAACAAACCAGAUUAGGAGAGUAAUUUCUAAAUAAAGAUACAGAAAACACCACUCAGAAACCUAGUGGUGAAACCUUAAACUUAGCUAAGCUGAAUCUAAUUGUCAGGGGCCGUUUUCUUCCUUCAAAAGUUCUGAAAUUCCUUUCAAACCACAACUCAUAAAGCACUGCCUUUAUAGCAUUAAGCCAUAAAGAUUCGCUUUAGGAGACAAAGCAAGCCCGAGAGGAAGUUGAAACAAGUAAAUUUGAAACUUUUUAAAUAAUAAUGUAUUUAAAAAAAAACACACACGCACAAAAAAACAUUAUAGAGUAAAACAAUAGAUUUAUCCUUUUAUUUUAUCUAUCUAUUUUCAUUGACCACUCGACCAAGUUGCAAACAGGUUCAGCAUCAACUCGAAAGUUCAUAUUGUUAUUGGCUGAAGCAACAAGUCUACUUGACUUCGAAAGGUAAGGCAGUUUAAUAACAUUACAAUAUGUACAAAUAUGUAUAAAUAUGGCAUACACGUUCUUCUUAGUAGAACAAGGGUGUGGGCUCCAAUUUUUUCUAGUUGACAUAUUCAUCUUAGUGCAUAGUCCAUAAAUUGUUCGACGAAAUGCCUCAGUCACGGAUUAUCCUAAACCAAUGGGGAGAUCCAACGGCUUCCUUCUGGCUUUUCUUCCUAGUUUUGUUCUUCUACAUUUGGUUCAUGCCCAGAGCCAGCAAGGCUUCAUUAGUAUUGAUUGUGGGUCGAAUUCUAGUUACACAGAGCCAAUUACAGGUAUAAACUAUGUUGCUGAUUCUCAAUACGUCAAAAGUGGCUUGGUAAAGAGUAUAUCAUCAGAUGAUAUACCAAAUACUCCCCUGAAACAGCUAUGGAAUCUAAGAAGCUUUCCUGAAGGGAAAAGGAACUGCUAUAGCAUUAAAGUGAAACUUGGCACCAAGUAUCUGAUUCGAGCCAGUUUCUUGUAUUCAAAUUAUGAUGGCCAAAAUGACAUUCCAGAAUUUGAUCUAUACUUUGGACCAAACUUUUGGACCACGGUGACAUUGGAAACUGUACAGAAUAUUUUGGAUGAGGAGAUCAUUCACAUCACAACUUCAAACCAAGUACAGGUUUGCCUUGUCAACACUGAUACUGGGGUACCCUUUAUUUCGGCCUUGGAGUUAAGGCCAUUGCCAAGCACCACUUACCAAACUGUGAGUGGAUCAUUGGCAACCUACUUCCGCUUCGAUAUUGGUGCUCCAAAUGAUACUUACAUACGAUAUCCAGAUGAUAUAUAUGAUCGUAUUUGGACUCCACCAGCUCCAUUGAUCAGAUGGACUCCAUUGAGUACUUCAUCUUUGAUUAAAAACCAAGACAGUGAUGGUUAUAUAGUACCCUCUAAGGUGUUGAGUACUGCCUCCACGGUAAUAAAUGCAAGUGCACCAAUGAAAUUUUUUUGGGAGUAUAAUCAGUCUUACCAAUUCUAUAUAUUCAUGUACUUUGCUGAACUAAUGGUGCUCAAAGCCAACCAAUCUAGGUUGUUCAAAAUCUAUCUAAAUGACAACAUUUGGUUACGCGACGAUGUUGCCACUGCUUAUCUAUCGGAAAACAUUGUUUAUAGCACAAAACCUUUGACUACAAAUGGUACAUAUGACUUCAAAUUUGUCAAGUCCGAAGGUUCAACUCUUCCACCCAUCUUGAAUGCAGUUGAAAUAUUCAAAGUAAUGAACUUUGUAGCAGUUACAACAGACCAAGGAGAUGUUGAUGCCAUUGAAUCCAUUCAAGCAACCUAUGGGGUUACAAAAGAUUGGCAAGGAGAUCCAUGUGUCCCGGAAACAUUAGCUUGGAUGGCUCUCAACUGUAGUUAUGAUGCUUCAAAUCUUCCUAGAAUCACAGGGCUAGACUUAUCGUCGAGCAAAUUGACCGGAGAAAUUUCAGUCAACAUAUCAAAACUAGCAAAGCUAGGAGUUUUAGAUUUGUCAAACAAUAGCUUAAGCGGAGCAGUGCCUGCUUUUCUUGCUGGAAUGCCAUUGUUGAGUGUUAUAAACUUAUCUGGAAACAACCUGUCAGGACAAAUUCCAAAAGAACUUAUUGACAAAAUAAACAAAGGCUCUCUUUCAUUAAGUGUUGAUGGGAAUCCAAAUCUACAAGGGACAACACCAAGUGAAAAGAAGAAGAAUAACAUAGUAGUCCCUAUAGUAGCAGCAGUUGCUGGUGUUAUUAUCAUUGUAGUAUUGAUUUUAGCUUUUGUUUACUUCAUUCGACGGAAAAGAAGUCUUAAAGACCCAACCAUAGUGGAGCCUCGUUCACCACAAAAUUCUCAAGUAGAACUUCAUCCACAUGAGCCGUCACAGACACCAAAUCCAAUACAGACACCAAGUCGACAAUAUUCCUACUCAGACAUCUUAAACAUUACCAAUAAUUUUGGUAGGCUAUUGGGUGAAGGUGGGUUUGGAAAGGUUUAUUAUGGUCGAAUUGGUAGCACUGAAGUGGCUGUAAAGAUGCUAUCUCCAAAAUCAGCUCAAGGGUACCGAGAAUUUCAAGCAGAGGUGGAUCUUCUCUUGAGAGUUCAUCAUAGAAACUUAACUAGUCUUGUUGGAUAUUGCAAUGAAGGAGAGACAAAGAUGGGGCUUGUCUAUGAAUACAUGGGCAAAGGAAACUUGGGAUCAAUUCUUCUAGGUGGUAAAGGACAAGUGUUAAGAUGGGAAGAAAGACUUCAAAUAGCACUAGAUUCAGCACAAGGAUUGGAGUAUCUACAUAAUGGUUGUAGACCACCAAUUGUCCACAGGGAUAUCAAAUCAAGCAACAUUCUAUUGAACGAAUAUUUACAAGCAAAACUUGCUGAUUUUGGUCUCUCAAGAGCUUUUCCUACUGAAGGGGGCGCCACCCAUGUGACAACCAAAGUGGUUGGAACUCCUGGCUACCUCGACCCUGAGUAUUACACGUCGUACAGAUUGACGGAGAAGAGUGAUGUUUAUAGCUUUGGAAUCGUUAUUCUAGAACUCAUCACUGCGAGACCAGUAUUAGUGAAAAGCAGUGAGAAAAGUCACAUAAUUCAGUGGGUUGAUUCCAACCUUAAUCAAGGUGAUAUCUAUUCUAUAGCUGACCCCAAAAUAAAAGAAGAUUGCAACAUUAACUCUGUAUGGAAAGCAGUGGACAUAGGAAUGUCCUGCACUGYCUAUGAUUCUGCAAACAGACCAACAAUGAGUCAAGUUGUAAGUGAACUCAAAGAGUGUCUAAACCUUGAGUUAAAUCAUAGAGGUCACCAAAUUGACUCUGCAACCUCUAUCUCCUCAACAUUCCAUUCUGAGCUUGGUCCUAUGGCAAGAUAGUUCAUGUUGUAUAAAAAAUGCCUUGUAAUGUUUUUCUCUUUGUUAUUAUUAUUUUUAUAUUAUGUUAAAGACAAUUGUAAUUUAGUUUUACGAAUCCUUGAAAUUGCCUUAAUCUAUAUGUACAAUACCACAAAUAGCAUAUUCAAUGAACAUGAAGAUUAAAAAUAUGUUGAAUUUUAAAUCAAAUAUCUCCACAGUGAUAUGAUAUUACAUGUUGUGGGUAGAACUAUCACGACUUUACUUUCUGUUUCACCAAAAAUACUUCACAUCAAUAGAGGAUCUUCAUCUAUAUAACCAUAAUCUUCCCUUUAUUUAGCUAAUGUAGAACUUUGGUUGCAUUCUCAAUAAAAUUUACUUUUAAAAAUUAAAAUUUGUUUAAUAACUAAUUUUUAAAUAACUUUUUUAAUAAUUUGAAAUUGCGCGCUUUAUUUUUGUUCUAAAUUAUGGGGUCAAAGUUUUUGAAUCUGUCCAACGUUGACUUUCGUUUUUAUUUACCUUCUACGCCAUUUCCCAGUAUCCAAUCAAAUGAGUUGUCUUUUCGUACGAAUCGGACAUUUGCCUUUUAAAAAAAAAGUUAAUAAUUAUAAAUUAUAAAUCAUUAAAAAAUUUGGGUUUAGAGUCAAAAUCAUACCAACAUGUCUCUAAGGUUUCAAUAAUGCAUCAUUUUAGCCUCAGUUUGGAAUUAAAAAAAAUAAAAAAACAUGAUUUAAAGCCUAUUCUUUCAGGUUUAAUCCUAACUCAGAUAUCAAAUGGAUAUUUUUCCCUAGAAAUAAUUCAGUAAAAAAUCCCUAUGUUUACUAGAACAUGAUUUAAAGCCUAUCCUUCUAGGUUUAAGCAUAACUCCGAGAUCAAAUGGAUAUUUUUCUCUAGAAAUAAUUCAGUAAAAAAUCCCUAUGUUUACUAGGUCAAUCUGCAUAUCAAAAAGCCUAUCAUUUCAAGUUUAAGAAUAUCAAAUUACAAUGUCAAAACGAGCAUAACUCGACAUUAAUUGACAUAUAUCUCUAACCAAUAAAUUGUGAGUUCGAUUCCCACUCCCACAUGUUGUACUAAAAAUAUAUCUAUAUAUCAAAUUACAUGAAUGUUGGCUUAUUGUUAAGUCUUUGGUUGACAUUCUCACAUUUAGAUUAUUAACAGUCUGUAUGAGCCUUCGUGAGAAGAACUGAUAAGCUAAGAAGAGGAUAUCGUCAUAGUCAAAUGACAACUUGAGGCAAAAAUAUAUUCUGAUCUGAGAAACAUGCCAUUCCUUUAGGUCCCACUUAACCAAAGUUGACCACUUGGUUGAGCAAUAAAUUGUUCGACGAAAUGCCUCAGCGAAUGAGCUCAAGCACUAAAAGAUUCAUAGGGAAGUCCAAACACUUUCAGUUUCUUCUCUUUGUAGCCAGCUUUGUUCUCUGCAAUUGGUUUAUGGCCAGAAUCAACAAUAUUUCGGUUUUAUCAACACUGGAGCAAUAAGGAGCAUACCAUCGACCACUUUUGAGAAACAAGUAUGGAAUGUGUUUGAUAUGUUAAUGUCGUUGUCAAAGAAAGUCCUAUAUCUGAAUCAUUCAACUGAGUCCACAAUUUGCUGAAUGCUUCAACUGGAAAGAUGAAUCCAUCCUGAGUUCAUACUCGUACUCAGAACAAACUCAUAGUCCCAUGAAGACAUUCAAACACUGCUUGUUGGCCCUCUUCGCCACUGUUGCUUUGGUUCACGGCCAGGACCAACGAGGUUUCCUUAACUUGGUACACUUUCAAGCGAUAGUAUAGAUAUUAUAAACACUCAU